AAACCAACAGGACAACACAUCGGAGCAGAAAAAGAAGAAAAAUGUUUGUGACAACGUUAGGAAUCGUUCUGCUUUCAUUGGCGGCGGUAAAACCUCAACAGACAACUCAACUUCAACUGCCAACAACUCAGCUACCAACAACUCGGCUGCCAACACCUCAGCUACCAACAACUCGGCUGCCAAGUUCAACUCGACGCAUGACAACCACUGUUAUUCCAAAACGAACCAGUUAUCGACCUCUGCCAACCACUGUAAUUCCAAAACGAUCCAGUUAUCGACCUAGGACGACCGUGAUUGCCCCAACAUCAACCAGACGAUAUUACAGUACUUCUUCGAUUGUUGCCCCUAUUACAAGCCUUGGUGCAGGCCAUGUAAAUUGUUCAGCCGACCUUAACAUCGACAUCCUAGUUCCUUCUUCAAUUAUCACAAAAGAAAAUCUCAACAUCGGUGAACCCCUACACGUUGAAGGCAACACUGACUGCAAGAUUGACUACAAUGGAGGCCUUGGAGUAUUCAAUGGAGAAAUGUCCCUUUC